AUGGGAGUCUUCAAGUCACUUGGUCUUUCGCCGGCCAAAGCGGCAGGUGCAAAGGCCUUUCGUCGUCUUUUUGGGCGGGUUCUUCCAGGCGACACUGACAGUGCCAGUGACACUGAUCAAACGGGCAGGGGCAACUCCAGCAACGACAGUAAUAUUCAGAGGGAGAAAAGCAACAAAACAAACCCAGAUUCUUCAUCUACAAAAUAUCAUAAUCGCCAUCAACAAGACGCUCUCACCGACACCGAAACAUCUGCAACUGCCUCCGAUAUGGCGUCGCCACAGAAGUACGCCCCCCUGGGAAUCCUAGACAAGGAGAACCAACCGCCAAGUACGGCACAGUUAUCAGAUUCGCUCUCCCGUCUGAAGAUCGGAGAGGAGAAGGCCGUCGCAACAUCUCCCAAGCCCGUCGUUUCCGCUGCCCCUGCUGUUGCUGCUGACGAUGCAGCUCCCGCCGGUGAGACUGUACCUGCUGUCCCCAUCUACACAGACCCAGCUGUCAUAGCUGAGCGAGCGAUACACAUGAAGUUCACUGAAGAAGCUCUUGAUAUGGCGCGACUUGCUCUCAGAACAAACGAAACACCCGUGGGAUGUGUUCUUGUCCACGAUGGAAAGGUCAUUGCUCGAGGCAUGAAUGCAACCAACGUCACUCGAAAUGGUACUCGCCAUGCUGAGUUCAUGGCCCUCGGCGCUUUACUCUCUUACCCUCCCAAGAAUGGGCCAAGGACAACCUACCUGAAGCCCAAGCCUGAGAACCAGUCACAUGAGGCUUCUGAUGCAUCUUCUGUCGAAUCAGGACCAGCCGAUGAGGGCAAUGAGGAUGGAUCCAAGGGCCACCUCUACCCUUAUGGUCAGAAGUGUCACCCUGAUGCGCGAGUUGAUAGAUCCAUCAUUCGGGAGAGCAUUUUGUACGUCACAGUAGAGCCGUGCGUCAUGUGUGCUUCUCUCUUGCGACAACUCGGCAUCAAGAAGGUCUAUUUCGGCGCAGUCAACGACAAAUUCGGCGGAACAGGUGGUGUUUUCAGUAUCCAUGCCAACUCACUUCCUGUCAGCGCUGAUGGUCAGACUGCCAGCGCGCAUCCAACACCAAAGCCUGCGCAGCUUCCUGACGGAAGCGGCACACUGGGCGUCUCGUACCCUCCUGGUGGAGGAGACGGUGGAAAUCUCGAAUCUGGCUACGAGAUUGAAGGUGGAUGGGGUCGUGAUGAGGCUGUGGCCCUGCUGAGACGAUUUUAUGUCCAGGAGAAUGGACGAGCUCCCGUACCUCGCAAGAAGGAAGGUCGUGCAGCUCGAUUGGCUGCCAUGAUGGGGGGUGAGGGUGCUGGCGAAGGCACUGGCGAGAGCAACGGUGAAAGCAACGGAGAGGACAAUGACGAAGGCAACGACGACGAGAAGGGCGAAGAACCAGCAACUCCGGAUCUUGCUGCCACAGAGGCCGAGUCACAAGUCCUUGACCUACCAACUUCAACUCAAACGCUGAAGGAAACGCCUGCGCCGCUAGGUGAUCGUACCAACAUCUAG